GGGAGGCCGGAAGUACCCGGAGACUCUGUCUGUCGGUCAGAGACAGGAGGAGAGCGGAGCGGAGAGUGACGGAGAUGGCAGAUGAAAAGGAGAAGCUAGUUCAUGAGACCAGAAAGAGAUUUACACAAGAAUAUUUACAAGACAGUUCUAGCAAAUAUGAUUCCCGUGAUGUGGAAAGACUACAGAAGGAUGAUGCAUGGGUGGAAAGUUAUCUACUGUGGAGGCAUAACCUGGUAGAGGAAACUCUGAAGAUGAUUGAUGAAAGCUUGAGGUGGAGAAAAGACAUAGCUAUUAACGAUCUUAAGGAAUCUGUUAUUCCCAGAUGGUGUUUUGAUGUUGGAGCAACCUACCUGCAUGGCUAUGACAAAGAAGGCAAUAAACUCUUAUGGCUCAGAGUAAAGCUUCAUGUCCGCGAUGCCAAAACAAGUGAUGACAAGAAGAAAUGUGUGGCGUUUUGGUUGGAACGUUAUGCCAAAAGGGAGCCGGGAAAACUCCUGACGGUCGUGUUUGAUAUGGCUGAGUGCGGACUUAGUAAUGUAGAUAUGGAUUUUGUUCGUUUUGUAAUAAACUGUUUUAAGAUCUACUACCCCAAAUACCUGUCAAAGAUUGUCAUUUUUGAAAUGCCGUGGAUAAUGAAUGCUGCAUUUAAAAUUGUGAAAGGCUGGCUGGGUCCAGAAGCCAUAAAUAUGCUGAAAUUUGUGAACCGGAGUGAAAUUCAUGACUAUGUUAGUGCCGAGUACUUACCGCCACACAUGGGAGGAACAGAUCCUUUCAAAUAUAGUUACCCCCCAUUACCAGAUGAUGAUUUCCAAACCCCGAUGUGUGAGAAUGGGCCGAUAACAAUUGAGGAUGAACUAGAAAGUAAAGAGGAAAGUGAAGCAGACACAAGAGACACUGUGGAUUCGUUUGCAACUGACGAGAACACUCUGAAGCCUAAAAAGGUGAACUGCACAGAAGACGUUAUUAAACCAGAGGACAGUGAAAAGACUGAUUCAAAGCUGAAAAACAACAGGAGGGCAUCCACAGUCUUUAAAGGACCUUUACUACAUAUUAGUCCUGCAGAUGAACUGCAUUUUGGUUCCAAGGAGAGUGGAGAAAGAAAAUGUAUCAUUGUCCUCAAUAACAUAACCAAAAAUACAGUGGCUUUUAAGGUUCGAACAACUGCCCCAGAUAAAUACAGAGUCAAACCAAGCAACAGCAGUUGUGAACCUGGAUCCACUGUUGACAUUGCCGUUUCUCUUCAUGCAGCAUCUACAGCAUCACUUCAGGAUCGGUUCUUGGUAAUGGCUGCAGAAAUGGAACAGUCAUUGGGCACAGGGACGCAAGACUUGGCACAGUUUUGGAAGGAGAUGCCUAGAAAUAAGGUCAUGGAACACAGGUUAAGAUGUCAUGUUGUUGAAACCAACAAGCCGACCACAUUAUUAUUAAAAGAAAAUACGUUGAACAGGUCUCCCUUAGGCAAUGAUGAUCUGCACUUUAAGCUGAAUCAAUUACUAGAAACAAAUCGAAGACUAGAAGAACAGAUUGGACACUGUGUCUGGUACCAACACAUAAUAGCCUUUUUAUUGUCUAUUUUAGUCGCCAUAGUCUUUGCCGGCAUGUACAAGUCGAAGGAUCCAAGCUGAUAAACAAUUUGUUUUUAGCACUCGUCAUUCUGCCUGUGCUGAUUAUUCUACAGAAGGAAUGUUUUGUAUGCUCUUCCUGCAAAAGGUAUCUUGUGACAUGACCAAAGUGGCCUUCACUGUUUAGCGUAUAAUAUAACUACACUGUAAUAUGAUUAACACACUUGUCAAGACCACCGAGAGAUGCAACUGAAUUUGCAGAGGUUUAUAAUGCGCCUGUCUCACAUCUUGGACAUUGCUUUAGCUCUGUGCUUUUGCUUAGACGUCAUGAAGGUUCUUAAACAUUUUCUAUUCUAGUUGAAUGUCGCCUUCAUAUACUCAAUGCAAUCUUCCUUAGUUUGGCCGGGCAUUACCCAGUUACCAAUAUAGUUGCCAAAUGCUGUUUUAGCUGCCAGAAUUGUAGCCCUUUUUUUUUUUUUUUUAGCUUUGGGCAAGACUACUGUAUAUACAUUUUUCAAAUCCUAUUUUAAGAAUAAAUGUACUAACAAAUUGAUAUAUGUUGCAUUAAAAGGACUUUGGUAGUUUCACAAAAAGCAUAUUAUUGUAUACUGAUAUUGAUUGGUACACUCUGUGAGGAAAUUUUUGAGAGGCCACUUGUAAUAUUGCUUAAUGCCCCACAGUAUGUGUUGUAUAAUUAUUGCAUCGGCUCUGUUGGGGAUGUCUCUAAAUUAGUCUUAUUGUGGGGGUAUUUCAAGACACGCAUUACUAUUGCAUGGAUUAGGUGUAGCUGCCAUUGAACCCUAUGGUGACAUUGGUGCAGAUGUAUUAAGCCUGGAAAAGUGAUAAAGUAGUGAUAAGUGGAAGGUGAUAACGCACCAGCCAAUCAGCUCCUAAUGAUCAAUUUACAUAUUGGAGCUGAUUGGCUGUAGUGUUAUCACCUUCCACUUAUCACUGCUUUAUCACUUCUCCAGGCUUAAUACAUCUACCCCAUGGCUUUUAGAGAAACCUCAACAGGGUUGGAACAAGUUUAAUUUUCUUUCUUUGUGGCCAGUGUUCCAUAUUUGUUCCUGAGCAAGCCUGAUGCUAUAGGGCAGCGGUUCCCAAACUCUGUCUUCAAGGCAUCUUAACAGUCCAGGUUCUAAGAAUAUCCAUGCUUAAGCACAUGUGGCUUAAUUAGUACCUCAGUCAAUUUGAUUAUGCCAUCUGUGAACAAGCAUGGAUAUCCUUAAAACCUGGACUGUUAGGGUGCAUUGAGGACCAAGUUCUGGAAACCCUGCAAUAGGUAUUAUAGUGGUCCCUAUGCUUUCUAUAUUUUUCUAGCAAUUUCCCUCCUUAAAUCCUAUUUCAAAUGGAACAGGAGAAAAAAAACUGAUGUAUUGUGAAGAAUGUAUCGUGAUUAUUAUUGUGAAGAAAAAAUGCUAAAUCAGUAUGCAAGUCAAUAAUGAAUUGAUCCGUAUUCUCUUUUGGGAAUAUAUUUAUAUGGGUGAAGAUGGUAAAGAUGUAAACUAAUGACAGAACUUGAAGCCGCACACAGUGUUAGACACUGUAAGUGUUAUAGUCACCAGGGAUCAAGUGCAGCUUAUUAGAAAUGAGCUGAAUUAGCUGAUUACUUGGCAGUCUGUGAAAUAAAAAGUAGUGUUCAAAUGUGAAUUUAUGUAAACCUUGCUACAGUAUGUUGCCAAUGAUUUACUGUGUUUCUGUACUAGGAAAGUCAGUAGGAUACUAAUUGUAUUGUACAUUUAUCUUCAUUUAAAACCGAAUACAACUCAAAGGAGCUAAUGUCAGUGUUCGUGAGUCUUUAUUUUAACAUUGUUUUAUUAUGUUCUUAGUGACACUGUACUAGAAUUCUUGAAAUGGUUUAAAAAAAAAAAAUGUAAAGGUGAAGCAAUGCUACCAAUUGCUGGUUAUUUUAUAAAAGUGGACUACUUCGGAAAUGGUUUUCAAUUAUGUUCAAAACGUUUAUAAAACAUGACUUUCUUAUAUAUGGCACUAAUAUGUAAAUGUUUCAAAUGUGAGACAUUUGUAGUGAUGUUUUAUAGAAUAUAUAUGAAAAGAUAAUGGUUUAACAUAAUGUUUUAGAUGGUCAUUUAAUUAUUUGGAAGCAAAAAAUUGUGCUUUUUAAUGUCACCUUAAACUUGUUUUGUUUAUUAUUUUUAAUGAUUAGAGUAAUUGAGCACUUAUUUGGAAAUAUGUUUUUGUAUUUGACAUUUGCGUUUUUCAUUUCUCAGUUUAUUAGCUCCUGCUACUUUUACUCAUAAAUUUGCAUUUCGAAAGUGUAUUUUUAUACAUUUGUCAAGCAGUGCCAUUUUAAUGACUAAAAUCACUUUGUAUUCCACUUUUAUAGAAUAAACUAUGGCCAACACAAUUUCUGAAUAGGUUAAAUAGCACUUAAUUACUAUGCAUUUUUAUAUCUAAAUUUGUCUGUUCUGUAUAAUGGUGUUUUAUGGACUUGAUUGACAAAAAUAUUUGUCUCACAGAAAAGCUUUAGAUGGCACUUGGGCUUUUUUAACAGUCAGUGCUAGUUGUACAGACAUAACUGUUGGGCCAGUGUUGCUCUCGCUAUGCUGUCCAGUGCACUGGCAUGGCACCCCAUGUGGAUAGCAAAUAAUCCUUCUAGGCGGGUAAAACUGAUUCCUCUGAAAACUUCAUAUAUAAAGAUUGCACAUGGCCAUUUAAAGAACUGUGAAAAUAAUUCCUUACAGACAGCCUACAGGUCCCAGCAAGCCUGCCUCAGCAUGCCGGCACUUGGAGAACCACAAUUGCCAGCAUGCUUGGACAUUAAGUGCCCGCUGGCACCUAUAGUCCGCCUGUAAAGAAAAUAUUCAAAUAAAAACAAGACACUUUAUGCUUUAAUAAUUUAUUAUACAGUAUUUUCACCUGGGGUGGCAGCCUUUAAGCACUUUUGCAUGGCUACCACCAACCAGAACUUUCGGCAUCUUCUAUAAUCAGGAGCUCUUGCAUGCUCCUUGCCCUGCUGGCGGACUGCCAGUCGCUGCCCUGAGCUGGCUCAGAUAAGCCAGCCAGAGGGGGCAGGGCAAUGAUGCGUCGAGCUGUGAUUGGCUCAUGGUGGUCAUCUUGAAUUUGAAAAACUAAGUUGAGGCGCCACUUUUGAAAUGGAAACUGCUGCCUAAAUCUGGAAAGCGUCUGACAGGGACUGGAUCCUCCCAUGGUUCAGGCCUGCUGCCAUGCCCACUAUCUCCACCAGGUCCGGCCGCCACCAACGUUUGCAACCUCCACUGUGUCCCACCACUGCAUAUGCCUGCUACCCAGCAGAACAAGCACAUCUGCUUGACUGACAGGGGAGUGCUUUCAUGUGGUCUGAAGGCAAAUCCUUGUCAAUGAGGCCGAUGUACCGGUGCCACUUUUCUGUAUUGUUUUCAUUGGCUUUACUUCCCAUGGCUGGUCCCGCCACCCACUACAGCCAUGUUACUAUUGUCAGCGGCAGACAGAGCUCUUGUUCUUUCCCAACUGAUUUGGCUGCAAUUUCAUGGAAAAAAUAUUAGAAUAAUAAAAAUAGAUAUUUAUGACACCGAUUUUGUGUUAUUUAUUAUUUUAAUCGUUGUGACAGGUGAGGCUCUGCCUCCACUGGCUGCGCGUCCCUGCUAAAUGUAAAUAUUUCACAGAUUUUUCAGCAAGUGUAACCUCAGGUUUGAUAUCAUCCCUUUUUCUGCAACUGGUAUUGCAGUGUAAUUGUUAAUAAGCUACAAAUAUAGAAAGUAUUCUAUUUAGUUGUUUGUAAAGCUUUGCUGCAGCCAAUAGAAAGUUCUGGCUUACAAUGUAAAUAAGUGGCUGCCUAAGUAUACAUUACAGGAUAGCGAGUAGAGUGAAGAUUCACAUAGAUACUAACCACUAUGGAACUUAAGCUGUUUCUUGACAUUAACAAUAAAUACAUUGUAUUCCAGGUGAUUUUACGGAUGUUUUUGUUAAUAAAACUAUGCAUUUGAAUUUUUUUUUUUUUUAUUAUUACUCAAUUGCAUAACUCAAGCUUUGUAUUGUUCCGUUGCAAGGUACAUCUACUAAUUAAUAAACAUUUUUUUUGUUAUUGUGGUGCUAUUUGCCAAUGAACCAGUAGGCCCCAAGAUAUGGUUUCACCUGGAAGCCGCAAACUUAAGACUAUCACCAUCCGUGUCUGGAGAGAGAGCAUCCAUGACAAAAGGGCAACCAUUUUGCAUUGCUGCUCCAAUAUAUUAUUGAUUUUCACAGCAUCCAAGGAUUUUGUAGAUGACUCCAGGAAAUAAUCUAGGAUCCGAGUUGGAAAAGAAGGCAAAAGUCCUUUACAACAGUAACAAAUUGUUAAGCAUAUCAUGCUGACUGAAAUUGCCAGAAUAAACCCAGGCGGUCAUAGGUAGUUCUUUAUUGUUUGGUUCAGGCAGAAAAUGCAAUUUGUUGAUUGAUAAAGUUACAGUAUAUCAAUUACACUGUAGACACCAACAAAGAUACAUAGCCCUGUCUAAUAUUAUAAGUAAAUGGUUAAAAAGCGAGAAUUAAAUGGUAAAAAUUUCUAUAAUUUCAUGUAUUAUUCAAUCUUGAAAAUGCAAACGUAAUUUAGUUGUGUUUGGACAUUAAUAGUUUUGUUGGACUAUUCCUAGUUCUAUAUACCUGCAAAGAUGUGAUGCUUUGUAGGUGUAUAUAGCCAUAAAUAGACCAAAUAGAAAUAUAAAUGUUUAAACACAACUAAAUUUACAUUUGAAUAUUUAAGAUUGAAUAACACUUGAAAUUAUAUGAAAAUCUUUAUAGGAAGAGAAUGGUUCACUGCUUCCUGAUUGCACUCAGUUGUAGAAGAACCUUUACCAAAUACUUUAUAACAUUUGUAGUUCCUAAAAGCUUCCUUCGGUUUCUAUUUUCCUUAUUUUUCCUUUCCUUUUUUUCCAACUUACCAACACCUUGUGAGGUGUUCUGUUUUCUUUUCUUUUACUUCAAUGUUUACCAUGGCUGACAGACUUUGGGGGUUAUUCAGAGAUGGAUGCAGAUCAUGCUUCCGCAGCAAGAUCUGCAUCCAUCUUCUCAUAUGCUGGGGGCUGCCCUGCAUGUGUGUUGCGCCAUCCCACGAUGUGUUCACAAUUUAACUGUGAACGCAUCAAUAAGACAAACAACUCCUGCCUGCACAGCAUGGCAGCACUGGCAGGUGGUUCUGCGCCAUUUUUUUUAUUCGGAACGGCUGCGUGCGACAUCGUGCAGCUGCCUGCGUUGUCCGGACCACACCCACCAAACACUGCGGCGCUGAACGCCAAUACGAUGCAAUUGCAUAUUCUGGGACGCGAUUGCAUCAUGACAGUCUGCGGGCCAGUGUGUGUGCACAGACCCUCUGGAUGCAGCUGCUGCCUACAAAUGCGCGGCUGUGUCUGAAUAAGACCCUUUGUGCCCAUUUGUUUUUCUAAGUGCACAUUCUAUAUUUUGUAUGCAUUCCACAAAUUGCCAGUCUGGUGAUUCUGAAUUUUCUUUGCUUAAAAUUUCUGUGUUUUGAGCUUCUACAAGGAUAAUUCCACUAUCCGUAUCUUCAGAUAUUUCUGAUGACUGAUAACUACACCAGGAAAACCCAGUUACUAUAUGUUGAUGGUUGAACACCAUUAAGAUCAAUGUACAGUAUUAAGUAAACAUGCAAGCCAUUUAAUUAGUCAUCUGAAGCUGGUAAACUCCUUAAUAGUGAUAUGAAAAUGUAUUACUAAAAGUAUAUUCAAAAUAUAUACAAGUAUAUUCAAUAUAUAAUACAACAUUCUUGUCGAUUCUGGUACUUUAAAUGCUUAAUUUGCUAAAAAAAAAUUCAUUAAUGUAUUUGUUUAACAACCUAUCCGUUUAUUUCUGAAAGUUAAUAAAGCCCAUGCUGCUUUUCUAUAAGGGGCUUAACUAAAAUACAUUUUGUGCAGCAACUUCUGCAUGGUUAAUAAUGAAACACGGCUGUGUGUCUUAAAUCCAAACAAUGUUGAUUCUAAGAUUAAAUCCUGCUUCUGGGAAACAAUUUUAUAAAAGAACAUCCAAAUAUAAUAUCUAAUUCAGUAAGUGUCACCAACAUAAUACAGUGUAUUACCAACUAUUUUUAUAGCCAGACUACAGGUAACAGGUAUUUAAAGAAACUAUUUUGUUUGUUUGUUUUUCACCGAUUGCGAAUAUAUAGUAUGUAACUGCUAAAACAAUGUAUGUACAUGCCCUUAUAUAUUUAUAUAUAAAACAAAAGUUAAAGUAUUUUCACAGUUACUAUGUAUGUAUUUUUAUUAUGUAUUUCAGAAUAUGUUAAUGUAAUAAAAUAUUUAAAUCACA